GCAAUAAAUAAUCAAUAUUCCGAUGGUAAUGAGAAAUGGAUCUGUCUAUAGAAGAGCUAUUUAUGUUUUAAGUGUUGCAAUAAAAGUGAAGAAAGAAUAAUUCUGUAAAAAUUAAGAUGCAUACUUUGAAAUUGUAAGAAAAUUGGCAUAUGUUGUAUCAUAAUUAGAAGUGAAUAGAAAUUUUAUAUACAGAAAUGAUGAGAAUAGGGAGGAAAUCUAUACAUUAAUUAAAAAAAUAUAUAAGGAUAUAAAUAUAAGUCAAGAGCAUGAAAGUUUUGUAGAAUUCGAUGAAUCAUAAUAUAUGUUCUUAAGAUUACCAUAAUAAUAAUAGCCUCCACAAAAUAUAAAUGUUAAAUAUAGUUAAGUGCCUUUUCCAAUAGUUAAUAUAAGAUAAGGAGUUUAAACAGCAUUUAAUCCAAUAUUAGAUAAAUUGAUACCUGAGAUUAAUGGGAUUAAUUGUGUGGGAGCAAUUUGUUAAAAAUUGAAAGAAUUUAAGGCUGAAUAAAUUAAGACAGCAAUAAAAGAAAUGAUAGAAUGCAAUUUAAUUCGUUUAGUAGAUAUGAUAAAAAUAACAAAUAUGUAUGUUAUAAAUGAGAACUUUUUCACUCAUGAUUUUAAGGAGGAUGACAUUUUAUUAAUAAUUAAUACUAAAACUGAUGUUUUUUAAUAGAAGUUUGGAUAUAAAUUAGAUAUUGAAUUACUUAAACAAUAUUUGUAGACACUUUAUAUAGAAAUGAAAAGAGGACUGAUACUUAGAGAUUAUAUAGAGAAUAAUAAGACCAUAUUAGAAUUUGUAUAUAAAAUAAUAAAAUGAUUUUAGGUAUCUUUAACUAAAAUGAUAAGAUAUGGUUAAUUGCAUAAUUUUUUAAAUAGAGUUCAUGAGUAUUUUUUUAUGUGUUAAGGCCAGAAUUAGAAAGGAUAAAAUUUGGAUAAUAUAUUUUUGGUUGCACCAUCAAAUUAUAUAAAGAUGAGUGAAAGAUUUAAUGAGGAGGAUAAGAAUUCUAAAUAAUAAGAAUAGUGGAUGGAAUGUUCAUUAGAAUAUUCUUAAAGGUUUUAAAAGGGAAUAGAAGGAUAAUUCUUAGGUUAAAAGUUGAAAGAUGAUGAAAAACUGAAAGAUGCAAAUGAGACAAUAAAAAAUAUGAUUUUGAAAGAGGAAACAGUGGAUGAGAUUUGUUUAAUUUUUAAUUUAGAUUUAGAACAAUGUUAAUAAUUAAUAGAAUCAAAAGAGUACGUUAUAAUACACAAAUGA